AUCGCCGUUGGACGCCAUUUUCAUCCCCAUCUUCAUCAAUUCGUUCUUUCGUUGUAACCCGACCCGCUUCCUCAAUCUUCAGGUCAGUUCUCCAUUCUCCAUCAUGAUCGUUUCGGAUUCAGAUUCUGCUUCCCCACCAUCUAGCUCUCUUCAAGCCGAUCAAUCAACCCCUUCCAGCCAGGAUCAGAGCCAAUCCGACCCGCCUCAGCCAUCAUAUGCGGCCGCAACCGACCAAAAGCGACGCUGGCUGAGGAAACAGUUCCCUUCUCCUCCCCCUGUGUUACGGGGCCCCACGGUUGAGUUGGAGGAGAACAUCAUGGCUUUGUGUCACUGUCAGAUCUCUGACCAUAGGUUCAACGACGCUACUGAUAUGUCCAUCAUAAGAAAGCUCUACGGCAAGGGCGUCGUGGAGAUUAGGUCGGUGGUGACUGAAGAAUCCCUCGCCAAGCUUGGAUUUGAGUUCGUCAAGGACGAACAUCGCCACCAACCUAACUUGCUCAGGGAUCUCCACGGGAGAAACACCGACUUUGGUCCCUUUGGUAAAUCCUCCCUCCUUUUAGCUGAGUAUUUCGACAUUGCCCUUCGUAUGCUAACCACCUUGUCUGUUUCAGUUGAACAAGAGGGAUCAGGAGGCGAGAUGGACGACCAGCUGCUGUCGCACCAUCUUGUAAGAGGGAAGAAGAGGAAGAGGGACGUAGCCCUCCAAGGCAAGGAGCGUCGUCCAUCCUCAAGUCAUGAGGAUCGUUUCCAGCUCGAUCAGGUGUUGAUCGAGCUGGAGGAUCAAAACGAGGCGACCCCGGAGAUGGGGACAAUGGUGACCAGCUCCCCUUCGUGCACAGCGACUCCUAGGAGCGACCUGCCAGGGUCGUCCCGAGGCACCACUUCGGAGCGACCUCCCUCCCCACCGGCCUUGACCUAUGAGGUGGCGAGUGAGGGUGGUUUGAAAAAGUUUAGCGCCCCCAUCGUCCAUCUCCCUGCUUGGAUGAUUUCCCAGUGGAGAUCACGAUCAUGGUUCUUGCCCAUUAUCGGGCCUGCAUCUUCGCCAGCUCUCUUAGCGACUUAGCCGAUAUGGUCCUACUGACAUUCGGCCAGGUUCCAACUGAGCGUGUAGUCUUGUUGUCUUUGACUGCACGCAGGAAGGGAUUUGG